AUGCCUAAGAACAAGGGAAAGGGCGGAAAGAACCGACGAAGAGGAAAGAACGAGUCUGAGGGUAGCAAGCGAGAGCUUGUCUACAAGGAGGAAGGCCAGGAGUACGCCCAGGUUGUCAAGAUGCUCGGAAACGGUCGUCUUGAGGCCCAGUGCUUCGACGGUGUCAAGCGAUUGGCUCACAUUCGAGGAAAGCUCCGAAAGAAGGUGUGGAUCAACCAGGCCGAUAUCAUUCUGCUUUCUCUGCGAGACUUCGAGGACGACAAGGCUGAUGUCAUCAUGAAGUACCACCCCGAUGAGGCUCGAGCUCUCAAGGCUCAGGGUGAGCUUCCUGAGUCUGCCAAGAUCAACGAUGCUGACCAGGGUGGAGAGGACGACGAGUGCAACUUCGAGUUCGACAACGACGAUGAUGAUGAUGAUGAGGAGGAUGAGCUUGAUAUCGAUGAUAUCUAA